GGCGCGCAGGGCGCCCCGGCCCUGGAGCAUAAACAAGAGCGGGGCUGGGAUGAGGCGGCGGUUGAUCCCCGAGCAGCGAGUGGCCGCCACUGGGGCUGCGAGCGGGGCCCGGCGCCGACCCUGAGCGCACCCGAGCCGGCCUCCCGCGCGCAAGCCCCUGGCUGGGCCCAGCGGCCCGCCCGUCCGCCGCGCGCCCACCAUGAACCUGGCGAGUCAGAGCGGCGAGGCCGGCGCCGGCCAGCUGCUCUUCGCCAACUUCAACCAGGACAACACGUCCCUAGCUGUUGGUAGUAAGUCCGGUUAUAAAUUUUUCUCCCUUUCUUCUGUGGAUAAGCUGGAACAGAUCUAUGAAUGCACUGAUACUGAAGAUGUGUGCAUCGUAGAACGACUGUUCUCAAGCAGCUUAGUGGCUAUCGUUAGCCUCAAAGCUCCUAGGAAGCUGAAAGUGUGCCACUUUAAGAAAGGAACUGAGAUCUGCAACUACAGCUACUCCAACACGAUCCUGGCCGUGAAGCUGAACAGGCAGAGGCUAAUAGUGUGCCUGGAAGAGUCUCUCUAUAUACACAACAUCAGGGACAUGAAGGUCCUGCACACCAUCAGGGAGACCCCCCCCAACCCUGCAGGCUUGUGUGCACUGUCCAUAAACAACGACAAUUGUUACCUGGCGUACCCGGGCAGUGCGACCAUCGGGGAGGUGCAAGUCUUCGACACCAUUAAUUUGAGAGCUGCGAACAUGAUCCCAGCUCAUGACAGUCCUUUAGCAGCACUGGCUUUUGACGCAAGUGGAACCAAGCUCGCCACUGCUUCUGAGAAGGGGACCGUGAUUAGGGUAUUUUCCAUUCCAGAGGGACAGAAACUCUUUGAGUUCCGGAGAGGAGUUAAGAGGUGCGUGAGCAUCUGCUCCUUGGCCUUCAGCAUGGAUGGCAUGUUCCUGUCCGCGUCCAGCAACACUGAGACUGUGCACAUCUUCAAACUCGAGACUGUGAAAGAAAAACCUCAGGAGGAGCCCACCACCUGGACUGGGUACUUCGGGAAAGUGCUCAUGGCUUCCACCAGCUACUUGCCCUCCCAAGUAACAGAAAUGUUCAAUCAGGGCAGAGCCUUUGCCACCGUCCGCCUGCCUUUCUGUGGCCACAAAAACAUCUGCUCACUCGCCACAAUUCAGAAGAUUCCACGAUUAUUGGUGGGAGCUUCCGACGGGUACCUGUACAUGUACAACCUGGACCCCCAGGAAGGAGGCGAGUGCACCCUGAUGAAACAGCACAAGUUGGAUGGCAGUAUGGAGACAACCAAUGAAAUCCUAGACUCUGCCUCCCAUGACUGCCCCUUAGUAACACAGACCUACAGCGCAGCCGGGACUCACGUGCCUUCAUCUCCGACGAGACUCGCCUACACAGACGAGCUGGGUGCAGCAGGCGGCGCUUGUCUGGAAGAUGAAGCCAGUGCCCUGCGGCUGGAGGAAGACAGUGAGCAUCCUCCCAUGAUUCUUCGGACAGACUGAACUUGACCUGUGAACUCUGACCCCUGAAGCAGAGAACACUGGCUUGACAGAGGACUUUGUGUUAUGCUGCUAUGAACUUUGACCAGAGUUGGGGGAGAGGAUGGCAGAGACUUAAAAAGAAAAAAAAAGAUUGUAGCUGUAGUCUCAUUCCGUACUGUUGAGAAAUACAUUGUUUUCACUUCAGUGGCUUUUAAUCCUGC